GAAAUAUAUGAACCGUUUACUUUGACCAAGACUUGAAGGAUGUAUUAUAUAUGGACCGAAAUUCCAAUUGAUUCUUCUGCAAAACCCAUCAAUCUCAAUGCUAUUUGGGGUUCGGAAAGAACUAAAACGAUUGAAGAAAUGGCUUCGGUGUUACAGAGCAGAGGCAGAGGAAUCCUGCUAAUUCUUUUGUGCGUGUUGGUGAUCUUCUUAUUGGAAUCUCCAGCUGCGGAAGCAAGAACUUUGUAUUAUAAAUGGGAAGUGAGGUCAGAGUUCAAAUCCCCAGAUUGCUAUAAGAAGCUCGCCAUGACCAUUAAUGGCAGAACUCCUGGGCCCACCAUCUACGCCCACCAAGGCGACACCAUCAUCGUCGACCUCAAGAACAGCUUGGGCACAGAAAACGUUGCCAUCCACUGGCAUGGAAUCCGGCAGAUUGGAACGCCAUGGAGUGAUGGAACAGAAGGUGUCACUCAGUGUCCUAUUUUGCCUGGAGAAACCUUCAAAUACCAGUUCGUUGUCGACAGGCCAGGGACAUACCUGUACCAUGCCCACUACGGUAUGCAAAGAGAAGAGGGCCUCUAUGGAUCGAUCAUCGUGUGGCUUCCAGAAGGACAAUCUGAGCCUUUCUCCUACGAUUACGAUCGUAAUAUGAUAUUCACCGAUUGGUAUCACAACAGCAGCCAUGAACACGCCGCCGGAUUGGCUGCCCCCGGCAAUGGCUUCACCUGGGUCGGAGAGCCUGAUUCGCUUCUGAUCCAAGGAAGGGGGAGAUUCAAUUGCUCUCAGCUGGGUUCUUCACCUUCAGAAUCAGGUCGCUGCAACUCGUCCAGCCCAGAAUGUUUUCCUCACGCACUCGCAGUCGUGCCCGGAAAAACUUACCGAUUGAGAGUUUCAAGCCUCACUUCUCUUUCAGCCCUCAGUUUCGAAAUUGAGGGUCAUAAUAUGACGGUGGUUGAAGCCGAUGGGCAUUACGUUGAGCCAUUUCAAGUGAAAAACUUGUUCAUAUACUCCGGAGAAACGUAUUCCGUAUUGAUUAAAGCCGACCAAGACCCUUCUAGAAACUACUGGGCCGCAACCCAUGUGGUCAGCCGGAAACCCGCCACCGCCCCUGGUUUGGCCAUUUUCAAUUACUACCCAAACCACCAACGGAGACCGCCUCCGACGACUCCUCYGGCGGGGCCCGCCUGGGACGACGUCAAGCCCCGAUUAGCCCAAAGUCACGCCAUCAAAGCCCGGCGGGGUUUUAUCCACGCGCCGCCCAAAACCACGGACAGAGUAAUCGUAUUUCUGAACACGCAGAACACCGUGAAGGGACGCCGGCGGUGGUCGGUAAACAAUGUAUCCUUCAACAUGCCCCACACCCCAUACCUUAUAUCUCUGAAGAAGAAUCUUCUCCACACCUUCAGCCAGGCCAAACCCCCCACCGGAUACGACUUCAAGGGCUACGACAUUUUCAACCCGGCGCCGAACCCGGAGGCGACGGUGAGCGACGCCAUUUACCGGUUGGAUUUCAACGCGACGGUGGACGUGAUUCUGCAGAACGCGAACACGAUGAACUCGAACAACAGCGAAACGCACCCGUGGCAUCUCCACGGGCACGAUUUCUGGGUGUUGGGGUACGGGGAAGGGAAAUUCGAUGUGUACAAAGAUCCGAGCGGGUACAAUUUGGAGAAUCCGAUCAUGAAGAACACGGUGGCGGUGCACCCUUUCGGGUGGACGGCUCUGAGAUUUGUGGCGGACAACCCUGGGGUUUGGGCCUUCCACUGCCAUAUCGAGGCCCAUUUCUUCAUGGGGAUGGGAGUUGUGUUUGAAGAAGGGAUUCACAAGGUUGGGCGGCUGCCUUCUUCUAUAAUGGGCUGCGGCGACACCAAAAAAUUCAUAACGCCUUAGUCUAGUCUUUGAUUACUCAUAUUUAUUUAUAUUCCACAAAAGUCUAUUAUUUACAUCUCCCACUAAUAUGAUAGAGAUUUCAACUUCUAGGCUCAGUCAGUARUAACUAUAGAAUACUUACAAUGUGAGUGUAAAUAUUGUUCUAUUCUUUAUUACGUAGUUGUAAUGUUUAUUCUAUUAAAGAAAUUGUAAUAAUUAUUGAAAUAAGAAUAAAAUUGACGUGUUAUUUUUAUUUUUA